AGGAGCAGUAUGUGGUUAAUAGCUGUUCUCUGGCGGAUGAGUUGAAAAGCUUACCAGCUCCUGCUCACGCCUUUGCUGAAAUACCUUAUUUUGCUGUCUGGCUCGGAGAUUAGGAGUAAGAUGCUCAAGCUCACAGCCGCACCUCCCAGGGUGGCUAUGGACCUUCACACCUUCCACAGACUGGGCCAUGCAGGAGACAAGCUCUCAAGAAGAACAAGCCUCGCAGGUCUGCUCUCCAGCAUGGAAUUUACCUUAGUUCAGUACUAUUUCAAUCGGCCUAUAACUGCUGGGCUUUCUUACAGUGAUGCUUUUCUUUCACGUUUCUACACUGUUCUCUCCUGACGUCCUCUAGGCUCUUAGCUCUCAGCUGGUAAGAUGCAGACAGGGUGUGGAGAUUCAGACACCGUCCAGCUGGCAGGCAGAGGGAAACUUGUACUCUCUGAAGCCUGUCAUUCCUCCAAGCCUCACACCUCCCCACCACUGUUCUGGGGCCCUGAUUAUCUGGUUCCACAGUAAGAGGUAUUUUAUGUCCAUAAAUUGGUAAGUGCUCAGGCUUCAUCUUUUGGCUGUCAUGUGAAGAGAAUUUUCCUAUUGAGUUUGCUUGGCAUCUGUAUUAAUUCUCCAGAGAGACAGAACCAGAAAGAUAGAUAGACAGAUAGAAAGGUAGACAGACAGAUAGAUGACAGUGAAUUUUUUAGAGGAACAGGCUCCCGUGAUUAUAAAGCUGACGAGGCCAUCUGAAAGCUGGGAGCAAUUGAUGUGGCUCAGUUCAAGUCUGAAGGUCUCAGGACCAGAGAAGCCAGUGGCGUAACUCUUGGUCCAAGUUCAGAGAACUAGGGAAGCUGAUGGUAUAACACUCAGUCUGAGACUAAAGGCCUAACUUGUUGUUUGAAGAUGAUAACUGGUAAGAAUAGGAGGGCCACUGGGGGCUGUCCUGGAAGGGUGUGUCUCCCUCCCCAGCUCCUCUCUUAUCUCUUUCUGCUUCCGAGAAAGAAUGAUUUUAAGGGUUUUUAAUUUUACCAGAAAGGAGUCUUCUAUAAAGCUGGGGCCUGAAAAGUUGAAGCAGAGAAAAGUUUGGUUGCUGAAAAAGAUUAGCAAUAAAAAGAAACUUUUACAACAAGACCAUAGAAAAGAUAAUUUUAGGGCAUCAAGGGACCAAGCAAGAUCCCACCCUUUGUAGACUGAGUUGUUAAAGUGAGACUUUGCUUGAGAAAAGAGCCCCAGAGCAUCCUGCUUUCGAAGGGCCAUCUAGGGAAUUGGUUCCUAGUGAAUUGGUUCUUCAGUAUUUGGUUCACAGCGCUCAGUCAUCCAGUCAUUCGGAGGCCUCUGAGGCUCUAAUUCAAGGGGGCCUGGCUACUACUUGAGCUGACAACAAACCUUGGUAUCAUCUACUUAGUACUGGUUUUACAAGCAAGCAGAAUACAAGAAUUGAGGAAUCAGAGGAUUUUCACCCAGAUUUCAGAAGAAGGCUUGGGAGUCCAGGAAGUGUGCCUGUGAGAGAACAGUGUGGGAAGCUGUGAGAGUAACAGUGGAGACCCCAGAAAGUUGGAGAAGCCAGAACAUAGAACAUUUAGGGAAGUUCACAAGAAGCGAGCAAAGCCAGCCCAAGAAAAAGCCGCAAGUGUUACAAUCACUGGCAAUGCUGUAGGGGUAGCAGGAGCUGCCCAAGCCCUUCAGAAUUCAUACCUCACCAUACUCAUCUAGGUUCUAGACAAAGAGCUACACAAUUUAAUAUUUACCUUUCUAGGUUUUGGUCUUGCUUUGGCCCUAUCAGUUUCAAUCUCCCUGUUUCUCCUCUUUGGAAUAUUUCCCUGUGUCAUCAUGUGUUGGCAGUGUUUAUCUUUUUUUAUAAUGUUUACAGGGCUCACAGUUAAGCGUUUUGGGUUUCAGAGAAGACUUUGGACUUUGACUUUUCAACAAUGUUGGAACUAUUAGACUCUGGAAACUCUUAGAGAUGGACUAAAUACAUUUUUUUCCUUAAAGAGAUGUGUAUGAGCCUUUUGGAAACCAGGAGCAAAAUGUUAUGGUUUAGAUCUAGGUGUCCUCCAAGAGCCUCAUGCAAUCACAGGAAGAGCUUUGGAAAUUGGGUUAUGGGGCUUUAUUAGAAAGUGGGGUCUGUAGGAAAAGGUGGGUCUCUGGGAUGUGGCCUGAAAGGGUAUAUCUCCUUUUCUGGCUCUGCCCUUAUUUUUCUCUACUUCUUAAAUGCCAUGUCCUGAGCAGCUUUCCUCUGCCAUGCCAUGUAAGGACCACAGCUUCUCUAGCAGUACCAACGGCUCAAACAGCAACACGUAGGAGAACUUGCAAUACUGCAACACCUCAAUGCCUCAGCACCUUUCUUUUCCUUCUCCAUGUCUCCAUUUAUGCUGGCAACUUUCCUCAGGUGAAACAUCUAUGCUCAGCACCAUGGUGAUUUAAUUCAGCUGGCGUUAGUUGACCACCAGUUUCCAAUCCAUAACACUAUCCUUGGGUAUCAUGGCUUUAAUGCUUUCCAUGUCUUGUGAUCCAUCCGCAAUAGAAUCACAAUGGACCUAUAAUCUUUAGGACCUGAAAGGCUGCUCUGCAUGUCCUAGUUUGUCUCCUUUCCUGGGCGUGGCCAGGUCAGCCUUCAAUGUUAAGAAAACUUCAGGAGCCUGGCCCAAGGUUCCCCAGGGUGAGGUUGGGCCAGUGUGAUUUCUUUCAUUUCUUACUCAGCUUGAGUCUGCAGAACUCUGCACAGGCACCUUAGGAAGUUUUAUUACAGUUCCUGGCAGCCCACGGUUGUUCCCUAAGGGGAUGCCCAAAGAUGAGAAUCACUGGGCUCUGAGUCAGGAUACUGGGCUGCUGGCCAGCUUAGCACCCACUCCCUGCAACCUCAGGCAAUCAAGACGUUCCCUGUCUUCUGGGCCAGGGGGUUUCCAAAUAAAACCAAGUGCCGUUUACUCUUAGGGACCUAAAAUUUACAGCUAACAAGUGGGCCCCUUAAUCCCUGCUUCACCCUCACUGAUCCCCUACCUCAUAGGCUGUUCUUACAGCCGAGAACUUGCUGAGAAUUUUUGUUAUCGACCCCCUGGACUGAGCUUUGCCGCAAUUUAGAGUCCCCUUUUCUCUCCCUCUGCCAGCACUGAUUUGAUCCUCAAAAGUCAGACUUAAUGCCUUUAUCUCUGGAAAGCAGGUCUCUCUUCCCUUCAAUCUAGUCCGCCUCUGUGCUUUUGUCAGACUUCAUGUGUCUUGUGGUGUCUGUGACCACACGGAGUCCAGGUUCAGGGCCUCCAGAACCCCGAUUUAGAGCGCGCAUGGCGGGCGAGCAUCUUCUUUGAAACUGGCGCCGGGCGCUUCGGGGUUAAGGACCCGGGCCUGGAGGCCCCGCCUGCGGAGCGCGCCAGCCGGCGAAGGGGAGGCCGUCCCGGAGGCUCCAACCCUGGGCCCCUCGUCAUCGCCACAGACACCGCCCUCCGAGCUAAACGCUCUGGUGUGUUCCAGCUGCGUAGACCCGAGAGGGCUUUCCCCACGUCCGCGAGAAGCACUCCCCCGUGUGCACACUUGGUACCACCCGGGGAUUCCCCGCGCGGUGCAUGACGUCACGGGGUCUCCGCGUGGCCCCGCCCGGCCCGCCAGGCCGCGCCUUUCUCGGCGGGAGCGCGCGCGGUGCGGGCGGGAGGCUGCGGCAAUGGCGGGGCCCGAGGGACCGAGCGUCCCGGGCGCCCCCGCCGCCCUCUGGAAACGCCACAUCGUGCGACAGCUGCGGCAGCGGGAUCGCACGCAAAAGGCUCUCUUCCAGGAGCUGGUACCAGCAUACAACCAUCUCCUAGAGAAGGCUGAGCUGCUGGCCAUGUUCUCAGAGAAACUGCAACUGGAGCGCAGCAAUGUCACCUCUGUCCUCCACGAGGGCUCCUGGGAGGAGGAGUCAAGGGCUGACUCAGAUGGAGUCUGCUCACCAGCCAACCUGAAGGUGAAGUGGCAGGAAGAGGAGGAGGCUCUCCAGCUGGUCUGUGGUGAGAUGGCCUACCAGGUGGUGGAGAAGAGUGCAGCUCUGGCCACCCAGCAGUUGCAGCUGCAGGAGGAGCAAGGCAGGUUGGAGGCUCUGGAGGCCCAAGUAGCGCAGCUACAAGAGGCACGGGCGCAGCUUGCCCAGCAAGUGGAAGAGCAGCGGGCACAGAAUGUGGCGCAGCGGGCAGCCUACGAAGACCUGCGUGUGCAAGCCGGGAAUCAGGAGGCCACACUGCGCAGGCUCCAGGAGGAGGCUGGCCACCUGCUGGAGAGGCUGGUGCAGCUCAAGGCUCGAGCUGCAGUGGAGCAUAACCUGCGCCUUGAGCGCUGGGAGCGGGCCAGCCAGGCUUGGGUGUCCCAGGAACUGAAGAAGGCUGCCAAGCGGACUGUGAGCAUCAGCGAGGUCCCAGAGUCCCAGGGCAAAGGGAUCAGGGAGAGCACAGAGACUCUGGCCUUGGCUGCUGAGCUGGACUCCAUGGCGCCUGAGGCUUGUGAGAAGUGGAAGAGACCUUUCAGGACCAGCACUGUGGGGUGGAGUGUAAGGGUUGUGAAGGUAUCACCAGCAGGGAACUGUGGGUCUGCCUCGGCCACUUCCCUGACACUGUCUCGCUGUGUGGAUGUGGUGAAGGGGCUGCUGGAUUUUAAGAAAAGGAGAGGUCACUCAGUUGGAGGUAUCCCUGAGCAGCGAUACCAAAGCAUCCCUGUGUGUGCAGCUGCCCAACUUCCUGUCCAGGCUCAGGAUGUUCUGGAUGCCCACCUUUCUGAGGUCAAUGCCGUUUGUUUUGGCCCUAACAGCAGCCUCCUGGCCACCGGCGGGGCUGAUCGCCUCAUCCACCUCUGGAAUGCUGUGGGAGGACGCCUGGAGGCCAACCAGACCUUCGAGGGAGCUGGUGGCAGCAUCACCAGUGUGGACAUGGACCCCUCGGGCUCCCAGGUUUUAGCAGCUACUUACAACCAAGCUGCUCAGCUCUGGAAGGUGGGGGAGGCACAAUCCAAGGAGACACUAUCUGGACACAAGGACAAGGUGACGGCUGCCAAAUUCAAGCUAACAAGGCACCAGGCAGUGACUGGGAGUCGAGACCGCACAGUGAAGGAGUGGGAUCUUGGACGAGCCUACUGUUCCAGGACCAUCAAUGUCCUUUCCUACUGCAAUGAUGUGGUGUGUGGGGACCAUAUCAUCAUUAGUGGCCAUAAUGAUCAGAAGAUCCGGUUCUGGGACAGCAGGGGGCCCUGCUGCACCCAGGUCAUCCCUGUGCAGGGCCGGGUCACCUCCCUGAGCCUCAGCCAUGACCAGUUGCAUCUGCUCAGCUGUUCCCGUGACGACACACUCAAGGUCAUCGACUUGCGUCUCAGCAAUAUCCGCCAGGUGUUCAGGGCUGAUGGCUUCAAGUGUGGUUCUGAUUGGACCAAAGCUGUGUUCAGCCCUGACAGACGCUAUGCACUGGUAGGCUCCUGGGAUGGAGCCCUUUACAUCUGGGACGUGGACACUGGGAAACUGGAGUGCACCCUUUGGGGUCCUCACUGUGCUGCUGUCAAUGCUGUGGCCUGGUGCUACUCCGGGAGCCAUGUGGUGAGCGUGGACCAGGGCAGAAAGGUGGCACUGUGGCACUAGGUUGUGCCAUGACUCCCUUGCCUGAGCUGCGUCACUGGUCUGAAACUGAAGCCAAACAGCCUUCCUGUGCUCCACUGGGCUCCACGCCUUGGGGCUCGUGUUGGGGGUGGUCUCCAGACAGAUGAGGAAAAAGGCCUGGCAGGACCUGGCCUGUUCAUUUAAAAUUACAGUUUUUAAAAAAUCCCUGUCUCUUUAUUUCCUCUCCCCAAAGUGUAAAGAACUGUAUCUAAACUG